AUGUCUUUACAACAAGCAUUCCUUAUAACAUUGCAUGUCACAAGUAUAUUUUGCAAUUAUUUGGAAGUUGAGAGCAGUUACAAAAAUCCGCGACUCGAGAGGAACAAUAUUGUCAAUAAAGGAGUUUGGGUCAGGAAUUUCAAAGAAAACGACAAGUUAGCUGGUGGAAACUUCCUCUUCAGAGGCAACUCAAUAGAUGUAGAUAACAUAAUUCACGGGGAUUUCAACGCUUUUAGUGAUAAUAGUGGGCCAAAUUCGCCGUUCAUUUCGUCUUAUGUAGAAAGAAGCAAGCGUUCCGCUGAUCUAACCCCAAAUCAAAAGCCAAGUGAACGCAACUCAAUAAAAAAAGAAACGAGGACCCCAAUAACGAGUAUAAUAAAUAGAUUCCUUUCACACGUUCCGGAUAAGAGGGUCAGACGGUACAGGAAAAGUCUAACCAAAUGUGAAAACAAGAACUGUAACACAAACAACGUACUUGAUGAAAACCCUUCGUUAAUUAAAUCCAAACUUAUAUCGAAGCUAAAGCCCGCGUCAGUCUUUAAUGACUAUCCCUAUGAAAUUGCCAUCCUUCUUGGAAACAACAAAGAUGCUAUGGAUGAAACGAAGAACUAUUCUACCUAUGUAAUCAAUGAAAUGAUAAGAGAGGACGGGCAGAAUCUAACUGUAAUACCAUUGACUGAAUUGAGCAACGUAACAAGCAAACUAGAAGCGAUCGCUGAAGAAACAAACAAGACUAACUCUACAAAUGUUGUUCCAAAAAGGAGUAUGAAUAAUUACGAAUCUGAAGUGAUCAAAAAGAUUGAAAUCGCAGAAGACUUAAACAAAACCCAAGGGACGACGAGAAGCUUUAUCGACAGAGAUAUGUUUGCUAAGAAAGAUGAAGCCUGGCAUCAAAACGCGCCAGUACCAGACACACACAAGUAUAAAGUUGUAAAUAAAAAUGAUGAUAGUAAAAUUAUCAGACCAGUAACCGAAAGAGGGCUUAUUAAAGUACUUUCUAUGCUAACUAAUACAUUCAAGAAGAUAAUGAAACAACACAGCGACAUUAAAGAAAUUCACAAGAAGCUCCACGGAAUGAAUGAAGAUUUCUUAAAGAAUGUCGAGUUAAUAUCCGACAAAUUCCAAGACUUUGAAUCGAAAUACGCUAAUCUUGUUGCUUUUAACCAAAAAAUCACUGAAAUGGACGAGAAACUCACUGCUAGAGAGCAACAUUUCAAAACUAAAGAGAGAGAACUAUCGAAAAACUUAGUCGAAUUCGAAAUCCAACAGAAGAAAUUCUUGACUCAACAGCGGCAGUUUUAUAACAUCCAAAAAUUGAUGCUGGCACAGAAUGAAAGAAUCAAUUCGAAACAGAACGCAAUAGCAAAGACACAGAGCGAAAUUUCGCACAGACAGAACAAUUUCGCGAGAAUUUUGAAGAAGGCGAAACAAGUUUAUUUCGACAGCAAACAUAACCAACCAAAGACAUCUCCGUCAGCAUCACCGCCUUAUGCAAAACUAGAUAAUAGUGCGACAGCAAAAGCUGAGGACAUCCAAACACCACCACGACCUUCUACUUUAAGGCCUGUCCCCACUGAUUCAGUCAAAAUCAAUCUGUUUUCUAUCCCAUCUAUACCUAGAAUAGAAAACCAAGAUCAUUUGCUACUGAACGAAAAGGACGAACAACCAGUCGAUGAUUUAGUCUACAAAUAUUAUUUUAAUAACACAUUUAUUGACACUUUGAUGAAGAAUUUUCUCACUGGGUUUAUAAGCACCGGUGAACUUAAUGACAACACACGCAAUUACAAAAGCAAAAGGGAUGAGGUAACUGAAGGCACUACACUUUUAUUGCCAGUGAACAACCCAGGAUUUGACGAGUUGGGAGGAAAAGUUAUAACACGAGAACGCAGGUGGAUCAGCCAUCAUUCUAGAAAGAAGAAUAGACGCAAGAACAGGGGGAAAGGUGCAGCUGAAAACAAUAACGCAGACGAUGAAAAACCGAUUAAAAACAAGAAAGCAGUAGACAAUAUGUUUGAUCCGACGCCAGCGAAAACUCCAAAUGAAAUGAAAAUCAAUACAAUAGACCUACAUAAGAGCGAUGCUUUUAUAACGAUGGCUACCGGCUUCUGCAAAGGCAUUGGACAGAGCUCAAGCCCCCAAAUCCUGGACUGGUGUGUGGAGAAAGCGUUGAGGAGACUGCAGAAUAUUGAAAUAAAAAUGCCCCCUCUACCACCGCCUACGGAACCCAAGAGGGAUGAGAAAAUAUACGUACCUCGGAGGAAACCCAGUUCACACAAGGAAACAACUGUUAGCACUGUGGUACCCACUAUUGAAAACCAUCCUACAACUAAAACGUAUCAGAGUACAUUAUCAGGCGCGUCAUCCACCCCGGUCCUAUACACGUACUCUCCAAUGAGCACGGUCCUGACUGAGACCACACAGAAACUGAACCUGUUCUUCCCUGAUAACGAAAAAAUAGAAUCAAACCUGAAACAAUUUGACUUAAGACCGGACACAGAGGGCAACUUUUACUAUGACGGAAGCUUGCACGCCAGCGACGUCAUCAAAGAUGACCACAACAGCGAGUCGGAUAUUAUGCCAGGACUCGACAGCAACUCUCGAAUAGACACCAUCGACCCGGAAAACUUCGAUACCCAGGCCAUGAGACGCGCUAUGUUACGCAGAUCGUUCUAUUCCAGGAUGAAGUAUGAAAGCAUGCUAAAGAAAAUGACGAAACUCUAGAAGGAUGGAGAAGAGAGAAGAGAAGAACAGAAUAAUAGCAAUACCUUAUAGUUCUAAAAAGUUAAUAAUCUAUUGCA